AUGCUUCACUGGAUGACUAAUGAGGCAAAAUUACAAAAUAUUCCACCUGAGGGUUUAUAUGGUGGCCUACUCAUCGAUGAAAUGUCUAUCCAACCAGACCUUCAAUUUAAAAAGGCUAAUGGAACUCUAAAGCUGAUUGGAUUCACAGAGUGUACACCUGAGUCAGUCAUUUUCGACCAACUGAAAACUAAUAAACAGGAAAAAGUACUGGCAACACAUGUUCUACAACUUGUAUUCCUCGGAUUCACAGGAUUUCUGUUUCCUUUCGCACAUUUCCCAACUACCACUGCUUCUGGACAUGAACUGUACUUACUUGUCUGGAAGUCUGUAAAUAUGUUGUCAAUGUUUGAUUUUAAAAUACAGUAUAUCAGUACAGACGGUGCGCAGAGUAACAGAGAUCUCUUCAAACUCUUAUUACCAGAUUUUGAUUCAGCUGAUCCUAAGACAUGCUCAUUUACAAAUAUAUAUUCAAGAAAGAAUCCCAAGCUUUUUUUCAUCAUGGAUUACUCUCACGUAAUGAAGAAAAUACGAAACAACAUAUUGAAAAGUGGUGUCGAAAAAAUUUGUAAAAGGCAUAUGAAACUUAAUAAUGAAUUCAUUGAAUGGAGUCACUUUCGUAAAGCAUAUUUCUGGGACAUUUCUACCCAUCCAUUCCCAAUCCAUCAUAAACUUACACAGGAGCAUAUAUUCCUGACCUCUGAGGGUAAAAUGAGGAACCAUCUAGCAGAUGAUGUUCUCAACAGUGAGAUGUUGUAUCUGAUGGAACAGUAUAAGGUUAGUUUAGGGGAAGCUGGAUCACAGCUUGAUGCCACAAUUGGUCUACUGAAAAGUACCAGUGCCCUGAUAAGAAAUUUUAGAGACCCUCGUCCCAUCACAGAUGCAAGCGAUGAUCGACUACAGGAGAUCUACGACUCGCUGCAGUGGUUUAUAAAAUGGGAAAAGUCCAUAAAAUCAGACGAGACCAUCAAAAAUAAGGAAAAACACCUGAUAUCUCACCAAACCAGAGAAGACAUUGUUUCCUCAAUUUUAGGAUUUCAUGAAAUGUGUUUAUAUAAAUUCCAAAGGUCACAUGCAUCAGUGGUACCAAGUCGCAUAAACAGUGAUGUCAUAGAAAACAUGUUUUGUCAACAACGCACAUUACAUAAUGGAGCAAACACUAAUCCUACCUAUUUAGGUUACUGCCAUAGUGUCAAUUCAGUAAUACUGGGACAAGUUUCAGUAUCCAGAUGCAGGUUGUGGGGUUGGUGCAGUGUUGCCUUGCAAACCUCAACAGCAGAAAAAGGUACCUUAAACUGUCCUGGCUAG